CAAAACGUCCUACACCCUGCGGCAGAAACGGUCUUCUUGAAUAUGCAGCACACGCUUGUGUUUGUCCCGUUAGUUGAGUUUAGGGAACGCCUUUUCUCACGUCUGUCACGUCUGUUGUUCACUGCAGUGUUACACGAACGGAUGAUUCGUAAUUGAGCUGUCAUGGCACUCUUUAAAAAAACAGAGUUGAACUUCAAAUGACCAGUGUCUGUUCUGCUCAUUUACAGCGACCGUUCAUUAUUGAUCGAGCGCGAGGACGGGAGAGGCUCUGAAAAGGUUUUGAAGAGCUUAUGUAACAGUUAAUAUCCUAAUAUCAUCGCUAGGUCUUUAAUUAGCGCAAGUACUUCUCGUUUUUUCACACCUCAGACUGUCCUCCUCCCACACACACACACACACGCACUCGUAUAAAGGCCGAGCCCCGAGGCAUUUGAGACGACCUCCACCCGUGGGUUCUUCGUCAGCCCAAGCACAGCUUCCUCGUACCUGAGCAUCGUACAAGUCUCCAGCCUCGACAAACUUCAGUCAGAAUGCCUCCCUACGAGAAAUCCAUGGAGAUGAUGCCUUUCAAGCAAAGGAAGUGCCUGGCAACAAGAAAAGAUGAAGUCUGCACUAUUCGGUCUAAGUUCCCCAACAAAUUACCGGUAAUUGUGGAGCGAUAUCUUCGAGAGAAAAAGCUUCCCCUACUGGACAAAACCAAAUUUCUUGUCCCGCAUGAGCUGACAUUAGGGCAGUUCCUCAGUCUGAUCAGAAGUAAGAUGGCACUAGAGGCAUCUCAAGCUCUGUACCUACUGAUCUCAGGAAAGAAUGUGUCCUGUUUGUCAGCCAGCAUGGGAGAAGUUUACUCACAGUUCAGAGACCCUGAUGGCUUCCUCUACAUAACCUAUGCUUCCCAGGACAUGUUUGGAUGAAAAGACCUUUGAAAAAUGAGCGUUACAUAUAGAUCAAGUUACAUACCUCCAGACUGAUGCCUCUCUGAGAUCAUGUAUUGCUGCUAAAUGAAGACUCUCAAUGUGCAUUACACCUAAAACCACACAGACCACCAACACGUGGCCGAGAGGACUCUUCUGCCCUCAUUUCUUAGUAGUUUAAGUUUCUUUGAGGCUAAUGUUGAAGCAUAAUCAGUAUCUUUGAAAGAGGUUACAACUGAGCUGUCUAAUAUGAAGAACCGUAAAGUGAUGUCACUUGCACUACUUCUCAAGCCUCUCAGUCAUGAGGAUCCAACACAACAAAGAAAGUCCUGUCCCUGAAAGGACCUGGGAUGUCCUGUCACAAUGAGACAGGGUUUGUUCGAUGCUGGUUUCCUUUCCUUAUUCUUUCUGUGACUGUGCAUCUGUUCCUAAAACAAAUACAGAGGAGAUGGACAAACAAAAAAAACUAUUUAAGCACCUACUGGAAUGUAAAUGACUGCAAGAGUCAUGUUGUACUCCGCUUCAAAUGCAGUUAAUGAAUCAGUUUAGUUCUUUUAAUUAAAUGUCUGGUUUUAUUUGAUUCCAUAUAUUCUGUUAAUGUGGUUUAUUCUGUUCAACGGGGAACUGAGAUUAACAUGGUGAGUCGUGACAUACACUAGGGGGUAGGAAUCUAAUUUGCUUAUCUUUUUUUAUUUGGUUAGCUUAAAAUAAACAAAAUGGCCAGUAAGUGGUCAUUUUAAUACUCAUAAACAUGCACAGAGCAGUGAAGCAAUUCUCUGCUAGAAAUCUGAGUCAUUGCUUUUAGUCGCACAUCUCUUCUAAUGUUUCAUCACCCUUUUACACAUGCUUGUUAUUAACAAGCAUCUCUAAUAGAAUGGUUUAGGUUACUGUGUCAGUAAGCAGGAGGUGCUAAACGGGUCAGGUCUAACAAAUUAUAUGGCAUUAUAAGAAUUGCAUGUUAGUGUCUCUCACAAUGCAACUAGGCUCUACUUUAUCCCUAUCUAGCAAAGGCAUUUUAAUUUAGGAUAAAGCACGAGUUGAUGGUGGUAAUUUUAAACCCUUCACAUCUGCAUUCUUACUGUCACUUAAGACAUUUGCACCUUCCUGCAAAGUGUGUUGUGAAAACAGAAUGCAUUAACUGAGAAAUGCCAAUGAGAAAGUUCAAACAGAGGUGAACUGAGGUUAUAGGGCAGAAUGCAUGCUUAUAAUAUACGGGGAUAUUAAAAUGCACAUAUCACUGCCAAAAGAAAGUAGUAUGUAUAUAUAUUAAAUUAAGUACUGUUCAAAA